AUGGCUCAGAUCGAGUGUCUUGCUGUUGAUCGAUGGAUUGAAACUAAAGCUACAGAUGCAAAAUAUGAUCUCUCCAGCUCAUGCGCGAAGCCCAUGUCGAUACAUGAGCUAAAGGAGCUAUCUGAAGACAAGUCAGAGUCGAACGAGGGUCCUCUGCCCACGCAGCUUCUGUCAAGAUGCCUUGGAUAUGGUGAAAUGGCGGGCUCGAAGGCGCUGCGGUCGAUGCUCGCUGGCCUCUAUUCCGUCAAGACUCCUCUUCCGCUGCCAAUUGAGAAUAUUACUAUCACCAGUGGCGCUUCUCUGGCCAACUACCUGGUCUUCCAGGCGCUGUGCCAGCCUGGUGAUCAUGUCAUCGUUCAUUAUCCCACGUAUCAGCUGUUGUAUGCUGUCCCACAGUCUCUCGGCGCGGAUGUCAGUCUAUGGAAUUCAAAGGAAGAUGACAAGUGGAAACUUGACGUUGAAGAGCUAAAGGCGCUCAUCAAACCGAAUACUAAGAUGAUCGUGCUAAACAACCCACAGAAUCCCACGGGUGCAAUCAUUCCUCGCUCAACCUUGCUCGAAAUUAUCGCCCUUGCCAGGGAACAUUCUAUCGUUGUAUUCAGUGAUGAAAUUUUCAGGCCCUUAUUCCACUCUAUCCACCCUGGAGACAAGGAGUUCCCGCCCUCAGCACUUUCUCUGGGCUACGACAACGUGGUAGUAACCGGAUCGAUGUCCAAAGUCUAUUCGCUACCUGGCAUCCGCGUUGGCUGGAUCGCAUCUCGUAACAGGAAACUUAUCGACAAGUGCACGAACCUGCGAGCGUACACUACCAUUGCCGUCAGCCAGCUUGAUGAAGCGGUGGCUGCAUAUGCUCUGGAUGGCAAUUGCUUGCAUGCUCUGCUGAAGAAGAACACAGAUCUCGCGCGAGAGAAUCUAGUCCUUCUCGAGUCGUUUGUUGAGAAGCACAAGUGGGCCUGCGAGUGGGCAAGGCCGGUUGCUAGCAGCGUUGCAUUCGUCAAGUUCUCUAAAAUGGGGAAGCCUGUGGACGACCUCGAGCUCUGCCAUCAGCUACUCCAGAAGAAAGGCGUGCUGCUAGUUCCUGGAGACCAGGGCUUUGGCCCAGGCAAAUUUGCGGGCUAUGUUCGUAUUGGGUACGCGAUUGAUCCUGACGAGUUUAAGAUGGGGUUGGACCUGUUGAAGGAAUUCAUGGCGGAGGAUUAUGAGAAUAUACCGUUGGCGGGUCGGAAGCUUGCGAUACGAUAG